AUGGCCGCCAUGGAAAUGCACUCAUUGGGCGCGCGCUCACUCAACCACGCGUCCGCCGAUACCGAAGCCGAGUACGACCGUCUCCGCGACCUUGCGCGCCAAGAAGCCGCAAAACGCUCCUCCUGCUUCGACAAAGCCCACCAAGCCUACGAAUCCGGCGAUGGAGCGCGCGCCCACGAGCUUUCCGAAGAAGGCAAAGCCCACGCCGCGAAGAUGGACCAAUACAACCGUCAGGCGCGCGACUACAUUUUCCGGGAAAACAACGCCGAGGGCAGAGUCGCAGGCGAUACCAUUGACCUCCACGGCUUGUUCGUAGAAGAGGCCGAGGAUGUCCUGGAAGAGAGGAUUAGGGUUGCGAGACAGAGAGGUGAAGGCCAUCUACAUGUCAUUGUGGGCAAGGGAAACCACAGCAGGAACCAUGUCCAGAAGAUCAAGCCGAGGGUCGAGCAGGUGUGCCGCGAAUUGGGAUUGCAGUACCGCACUGAGGAGAACGAGGGUAGGAUCUUUGUGAAUCUGCAGGGUGGUGAUGUGCAUGAGAUGCCGCCGCCUCCUCAGGCUCCGAGUUAUGGAGGGUACCCUGGACAACAUGGUGGACAGCACGGUGGUCAACAUGGCGGCCAGCAACAUGGCGGACAGCAACAUGGAGGUCACCAGCAGCAUGGUGGUCAACAACACGGUGGCCAGCAACAUCACGGACAGCAGCAGGGUCAAAAUGAUGAGAUUGAGCAGAUGGCCAAGAAGGGCUUGUCCAGGUUGCUCAAGAAGCUUGGGUGCUGUACGGUUAUGUAA